GAAGCCAGUUGUUCUAGAUCCUAGAAGCUUGGAUCCAUUACAUGAUUUUGACUUUACCUAUAUAAAUGAUGGUCACCUAACAUUUACGCGAGGUGGUGAACGAUAUGUUCGUCCAUGUGGUUUCAAACGAUUUGCUCUCAACGUAUCCGAUAAGUAUGAAAAUUUGCUAUGGAUAGGUUGUAAUAAUGGUAUGGGUGAAUGGCCUGUAUCAUAUCAUGGAACUGGUAAAUAUGAAAAGAAAAUGAUUGCAGAGGAUGGAUAUGUAUUAACACAAGGACAAGAAUUUCCGUUUACUCAGGGAGUCUAUUCGACUCCAGAUGUAUGUCUGGCAGAAAAGUAUGCGAAAAAAUUUACUUAUAACAAUGAGCAGUAUCUGGUUAUUUUUCAAAAUCGAGUAAAUCCUACGACUUUAAGAAAACUUCAAGCUACUGGACCGAGAAUUGGAGAUUAUUGGGUGAGUCCAAGUGAAGCAGAUGUGCGUCCAUAUGGUAUUUGCAUUCGAAAAGUAUAA